UUGUAGCGUUUUUAUUUUAUUUUCUUUCUUCUUUCAAAAAACCGAUGCAGUGUUGAUUCUGAAUUUUGGAUCACGACGGAACCCUCGUUUCACCCCUUCUCUCUCCGUCGCUGCAAUUGGUGCCUCCGUCGUUUUCAUCAUUCCAAUCCCUAAUUAACCCCCCAACUCACGCUUUUGCAUUUUCACCUCCUCCCUUCGACUUCAACGCUAUUCUCUCUUCCGAUCAAUAGUAUCCUCAGGUUAGUGGAGCAAGGCUGUGGGUGAAGAUGAAUUUGCAACAAGUUGGGCAGCCUAAAUCUUCUAAUGGAUAUGGUCGUCGGAAAUCUGAAAAAGAUGGGGCAUCCAAAUCGGAUAAUAAGAUUCCCCCUGGAAAAUCAAAUGCUGGCAGAUUAGCAAGUACAGGUGCAGUGACAAGUAGUAAAGGUGGUAGUUAUGAGAGUCCUUCACGUGAUCGACUGGUAUAUUUAACAACAUGCCUUAUUGGGCAACAGGUGGAAGUCCAGGUGAAAAAUGGAUCUAUAUACUCUGGAAUAUUUCAUGCUACAAAUACUGAGAAAGAUUUUGGAAUCAUUUUGAAAAUGGCUUGCUUGACAAAGGAUGGGUCUUCGCAAGGGCAGAGCUCCGGUGCUGAAUUUGUCAGCAAAGCUCCUUCUAAAACUUUAAUUAUACCUGGAAAAGAACUUGUACAAGUUAUAGCGAAGGAUGUUGCUGUUUCUACAGGUGACCUAGCCAGUGAACCUCACUAUGAUGUGCAUCAGGAGAUCAUGGUUGAUUCGGUAAUAUCUCAAUCUCGUCAUGUUGAUUUAGGGAGAGAAUUACACCGAUGGGUACCUGAUGAAGAUGUUCCACAAUGCCCUGAACUUGACAAUAUCUUUGAUGGCCCUUGGAAUAGUUCUAGGGGCUGGGAUCAGUUUGAAACGAAUAAAAUGUUGUUUGGGGUAAAAAGCACAUUUGAUGAGGAACUCUAUACUACAAAGCUUGAAAAAGGGCCUCGGAUGAGAGAAUUGGAGAUGCAAGCACUAAGAAUAGCAAGAGAAAUUGAGGGUGAGGAAACCCAAGAUAUUCAUCUAGCAGAGGAAAGAGGCCUUUACCCUGAUGACUUUGACAUUGAUGAAGAGACCAGAUUCUCUUCCGUAUAUAGGGGUAAAGGUGUUGACGAUGAAUAUGAUGAAAAUGAAGACAAUUUUUUGGAUUCCCACAAUUCUGAAACGUUUGGAGAUAUGUCGGAUUCAGUCAUAAAGAGACCAGGAAAGGUAAGUGGUGGCAAAGGCAAAAAUGGAGCUCAAACAUGGUCAAAUUUCUCGACUAUGUCAUCUCAGUCAAAAACUGGUGGAGAUAUAUGCCUCUCUGGUUCUUAUGAUCAUGCUAAGCAGUUAUCAUCUGAAGUCUCUGGUCAAAGUUACUCAUUUUCAGAUGCGGAAAGCAGGAUUCAGGAUAACUCAGUUUGUGAUCUACAUGGAGCCAAUGGUAACACCAAGGAAGAAAAUCAGACGCAAGCUGAGGAUGUACAGCUGUCAAAAUAUCAGGAUUUACGUCCAGCACUCAACUUGAAGAAAGAUGGAUCUGAUAAAGUGGGAUUAUCUCCUACUAAUGCCUCCUCCUAUACCUCCUCUACUCAUAUUUCAUCGAAGGUUGAUGAAAAAACUGGAUCACAUGGAGACUUGACUGGGGGUUCAGAAUCUGUCAAAGCAAGUUGGGAAACAAAGUCCUUAAAUUCACGUGGAAGAUCAGAAACACGUAUAUCAUCUGGUUCAGAUUUUAUAGCAAGUGUGGCAACAUAUUCUGGUCCAAGUUUAUCACCAAGUUCUUCACUUGGUUCACUGUCUUCCGACAAAUCAACUCUGAAUCCCUAUGCGAAGGAAUUUAAACUGAACCCUAAUGCUAAGAGUUUCGUUCCGUCUCAAGCACCUGUUAGGCCUCGCUCCCCGGUGUCUGAUGGUUCCUUCUAUUACCCAGCAAACGCAUCUACUGUACCGAGUAUGCCAACCAUGCCAAUGGGUGUCGGAGUUGGAACUUCUUUUGCCGGGCCACAGCCUAUGAUGUAUAAUCCACAAGCACAAAUGCCAUCCCAACCAUAUUUUCAUCAGAAUGGACCACAGUAUGGACAAAUUCAUGGUCAUCCUAGACAAGUUCUAUACAUGCCCAAUUACCUACCUGAGACACCACCAUAUAAGGGACGGAACUAUUAAUUGCCAAGUUGACUAUGUUCUUGACAAGUUAGCCCUUGCCUGAAAAGAAUUGACGAAGUGAGAGUUUCAAAUGAAGAAGAUAGCUUCAGCUUAUGGGAGGAUUCUCUCCAUAGAAGUUCAAUAAUUUACAAGCAAGAUGGUUCAUUCUGGAACAUAAGUUAUUGAUCUUUUAAUCUCUCACAUCUUUUGUGAUUCCUGUGUUUUCCUUAAUGUAGUAGCUGCUUUACUCAGAUUGGCACUUUUUUCUUUAUUUAUCAUGUUAUCAUGCAACAUUUACUCUAAUUAAUAUGUGUCUCCCAUGGUUUAAUUACUGCGGUCUUUUGACCUUUAGUCA